CACAUCAAACAAUCAAACUCUCGUGACAACCUGAACAACUAGUUCUAAGUUUAUCUCUUCAUUUUCAAGUCACUGAACUAGAACGCACGACUAGUCAAUAGCUCCUGUGUGUAUCAACAAAUUGUACCACACACAAAUAUAUUAUAAGAAGGUAUGGUCAGAAGAAUAUCUAUAGCUACCAUUCAACCUAUACCAUUUACGUCAACAAAACUAUCGAUCUAUAUCUUCUUUCUUCCUUAAGCACCAACCAUCUUUUGCCCUUUAUCUACCUCUCUCCCUCCCCUUCUUCCUCUUUUUCUCAAGGAAUGAUGGAGGUUUCUUGGGAAAAAAGUGUCACAGACUCUAUUAACACUGUUUAUCUUCUCUUUUCUGCGUAUUUAGUCUUUGUCAUGCAACUUGGUUUUGCCAUGCUAUGCGCUGGCUCAGUCCGAGCCAAAAAUGCCAUGAACAUCAUGCUUACAAAUGUUGUUGAUGCUGUUGUUGGUAGCAUUUCGUAUUACCUCUUUGGCUUUGCUUUUGCAUUUGGUGAUGGCUCUGGUGCUAACCCUUUCAUUGGCACAAGCUUCUUUGCUCUCAAAGAUAUUCCCAAUAGCACUUAUGACUAUAGCUAUUUCCUUUAUCAAUGGGCUUUUGCCAUAGCUGUUGCAGGAAUCACCAGUGGCUCCAUAGCUGAGAGAACCCAGUUCAGUGCUUACCUUGUUUUUUCAUUUUUCCUUAGUGGGUUUGUGUACCCAGUUGUGGUUCACUGGAUUUGGUCAUCCAGUGGUUGGCUUAGCCCUAGUUCAAGUGACUUGCUGUUUGGUUCUGGUGCUAUUGACUUUGCUGGCAGUGGUGUGGUGCAUUUAGUAGGUGGCAUUGCUGGGCUUUGGGGUUCUCUGAUUGAAGGCCCUCGUGUGGGCCGUUUUGAUGCAUUUGGCAAGCCUGUGCCAAUGCGUGGGCACAAUGCGACCUUAGUGGUUCUUGGCACAUUCUUGUUGUGGUUUGGUUGGUUUGGGUUCAAUCCUGGCUCAUUUGAUCAAAUUCUUGUGGCUUAUCCUUCCACCACUGAUCAAGGUAACUGGACUGGAGUUGGUAGGACUGCAGUUACAACAACAUUAGCCGGGUCAACAGCCGGACUUGUAACACUGUUCGGCCGGCGAUUACUAGUCGGCCAUUGGGAUGCACUGGAUGUUUGCAAUGGGUUGCUCGGUGGGUUUGUUGCAAUCACUUCGGGCUGUUCAGUGGUUGAGCCAUGGGCUGCUAUUGUUUGUGGGUUCGUUUCAGCUUGGGUCUUGAUUGGGCUCAACAUUUUGGCACUGAAACUGAACUUUGAUGACCCAUUAGAGGCAGCCCAAUUGCAUGGUGGGUGUGGCGCUUGGGGUUUGAUAUUCACAGGGUUGUUUGCCAAAGAGGAAUUUGUGAUUCAAGCUUAUAAUUCAGGAGAGAGUGGUGUAGAGAGACCCUAUGGUCUCCUCAUGGGUGGGGGCUGGGGUCUAAUUGGAGCACAAGUGAUUGAGCUUUUGGUGAUCGUGGGAUGGGUUAGUGUAACAAUGGGACCUCUUUUCUAUGCGCUUCAUAAGCUAAGUGUUCUUAGAAUCCCUAUCGAAGAAGAAAUUGCAGGGCUUGAUAUAUCCAGCCAUGGAGGAUAUGCUUAUGCUGCUCAUCCAGAAGAAAGCCACCCUCGCUUUUAUUUAGAUUAUAUGCGGUUACAAGAUAGUAACCGUAACUAGAUUGCUACUGCUCCACUGGUCUAGAGUCUACAAUUCCAUUUGAUUUGUUUGUGUUCCACUCGAUCAUAUUUCUGUGAUUGAUGGCUCCAUGUCCAAUCUGUGCUUAUUUUUUCAGUUGCAGCAAGUGUAAAAUUUCAAUGUAUCAAAUUCCCCAAUCGACUUGUAAAAAGGGUGUCAAGUUGAAUAUUCUUUCUCA